UGUGAAUACUCUAACAUAUAGCCGUUGCCUGUUCAGUGGGAUGAGCAGACAAAUAUAUUUAAAUACGUUAAGGCCUUUUAGAACUAAUGAUACAUUUGAAUGUGAACUAGUUCACUAGAGUACGUGUGUUUUCCGACUUCAUCAUUCUCCCUUGUCUGAUUGGACGAUAGGCGGACCUCAUGACUUCUUGCGUGGCUGUUUCUUCUAGUGAUCACGCUCUCUGACGUUAGUGUUUGAGUUUACCUGCUAGCUCGAAGAGAGUGGGACUACCAACAAAACCUCAGCAUGGUUUUAUCGCACGGUCUAGAUUCACAUAUAGUAAUAGUUGGUUGUGGAAUAUCUGGUAUUGGAGCAGCUCUGAAGUUAACGAAGCAUGGUUUCCGCAAUGUGAGGAUCCUGGAAGCAACAGGACGGACUGGAGGAAGGAUCAAGACAGGGAAAAUGGGAAAUAAUAUCAUAGAGAUUGGUGCAAACUGGAUCCAUGGUCCGUCUGAGGCCAACCCAGUGUUCUGUCUGUCUAGACAGUAUGGCCUGCUGGACCCAGAGAGCCUGACUCCUGAGAACCAGAACCUAGAUAUCGGCGGUCAUCCCCCUUGGGUACCCAGCUGGUUCUCCAGCUCAGGUCGAAAGCUGACCGCAGAGCAGAUGGGUCCUGCCGUAGAGCUGUUUGGUGAGCUGUUGGAGGAGUGUAGCCAGUUCAGCGAUAAGGGAAGUGAACCGUACAGCAGUGUGGGGGAGUUUCUAAGGGCCGAGGUGCGGCAGCGUGCGGCAGAGCGAUGGCGAGGCGACAGUGCGUCCUGUCACUCCAUCCGCAUGUCUCUGCUCAGCACCCUGCUGAAGGUGGAGUGUUGUGUGAACGGGACACACACUCUGGACGCGCUGGGCCUAGGCGCCUUCGGACUGUACAAAACCCUGCCAGGACUGGACUGCACCUUCCCCCGGGGAUACGAAGGGUUAAUCGACAGCCUGAUGAAAGAGCUUCGUCCGGGGAUGGUCGCCUACCGCCGGCCAGUCAGCCGCGUUCACUGGCAGAGGGAGCCCGGAAAGGGAGAGACAGAGCGUCCUGUAACGGUGGAGUGUGAGGAUGGAGAGAGGAUCCCUGCGGACCAUGUCAUCGUCACAGUGCCUCUGGGGUAUCUGAAGAAGCAUCAUGGGACCCUUUUCUCUCCCCCUCUUCCCCUUCACAAGCUCCACUCUGUCCAGAGGAUGGGAUUUGGAACCAACAAUAAGAUCUUUGUGGAGUUUGAUAACCCCUGGUGGGAUGAAGACUGUGAGGUUAUAUACCUGGUCUGGGAAGAUGAGACAGACUUGGUGGACCAGGUAUCUGAUGUGGAGAGACUCUGGAUUAAGAAACUGUUUGGCUUCACUGUCCUCAAACCCACGAAGAGGUAUGGCCACGUGCUGUGUGGCUGGAUAGCUGGCCAUGAGUCUGAGUUCAUGGAGACUCUGUCAGAACAGGACGUCACGCAUGCCAUUACAAAUCUGAUACGCAGGUUCACAGGGAACCCAAUCAUCACCCCGCGGCGUGUCUUGAGGUCUCAGUGGUUCCAUGACCCAUGGACCUGUGGUUCUUACACCCACACUGGUACCGGAACCUCACGGCAGGAUAUCCACAACUUGGCUGAACCACUUCCGCUGUGGGGGGAGAAGCCUCUCCAGGUAUUGUUUGCAGGAGAAGCCACCCACCCUUCCUUUUUCUCCACUGUCCACGGAGCGCUGCUUACUGGCUGGAGGGAAGCUGAUAGGCUCAUAUCGCACUACUCGGCCCCCGGCACCUCCCAACCAACCAAAUCGAAGCUAUGAGGAGAUCAACUGACUUUUUCCUGAAACAGUGUUAAUAGUUUUGGUUUGACGUUGCUUAUGUAUAGAUUUAGGCCUGGACUACACAAUCUUGUCCAUGGAGAUCUACCAUCCAUGUAGGUCUUUCUCACCAACCCCAGUUGUGACUAAUAUGACUUUUAAUCCAGGUCAUUAUAAGAACCAGGUGUGCUAAAUUAGGAUUUGAAAGAACAUAAAGGAUGGUAGCUUCUCAGGAACCGGAUUGUACUGCCCUGAUCUGAGAUAAGCUAA